CAUUUAUUAUAAACAGUUGAUAUUUUAUGACAGUUACUUUAAACAACUUCUAUUUUAUGACAUUUAUUAUAAACAGUUGAUAUUUUAUGACAGUUACUUUAAACAACUUCUAUUUUAUGACAUUUAUUAUAAACAGUUAAUAUUUUAUGACAGUUACUUUAAACUGCUUGAACUCCAUCACUUCUGUUCUUUCAGACAACCUGGACACCAGCUGAUGCUUCGUCUGCAGAUGUCUCCUGUGGGUUUGUGCUUUCUCCUCUUCUUCUCUGUCCUGGUGAGUCACUGGGAACCAGGAUGUUGCUAUGCCAACGGUAAGGUCACCAGAGCGUGUGGCAGCAUGAAGCCUCAUCAUGGUGGAGCCUCUGGUCAGACGACAAAGAGUCCAUACCAGCUCCAGACCAACACCUCCACCUUCAGCCCUGGAGAUCAGAUCAAAGUGGUCCUCUCUGGAGCAUCGUACUUUGAGGGUUUCCUGCUUCAGGCCAGAGAUGCAGCCCGACCAGAAUCACACUCAGCGAUCGGCAGCUUCACUCCGACCGAUCCAGACAGGACACAGCUGCUCACCUGUAACAGCCAACAGGGUUCAGCGGUGAGUCACACAAGCGAUGCCAGACAGACGGAAGUGGUCGUCUUCUGGACCGCUCCUCGAGAUCCUCCAAAAGAGGUUCAGUUUUUUGUGACUGUCGUUGCCCACUACAAGGUGUUCUGGCUGAAGGUACCUGGACCAAUCAUCUACCAGCACGGUGCCACUCCUCACCCCCAUCAGACCACCACUACACGUCCUACAGUUCCACCGACUCCGCCCUCCAUCCUGCCUGGACCUUUCACCUCUGAGGGCUGCGGCCAAUCAAAAUCCUGCCUGAUGGACCCUCCAGGAUGUGAUCCAGAGGAAGACCCUCACUGCUUCUUCAUGUCCAUGUCCACAGAGGGCGCAGACAAAACGUCUGUGACAUUCGAGCUGAGUGGUCCGGCAGAGGGAUACGUUUCCUUUGCUCUGUCAUGGGAUACGUGGAUGGGCAACGAUGACGUGUAUUUGUGUAUAAAAGAGGAGGACAGAGUUUCAGUGAGCGCGGCCUUCGUCAGCGGACGGACGUAUCCCGAGGACCAAUCACAGUCUGCUCUGUCCUCGGUGUCGUGGCGACUGGCUGAUGGAUCGAUCCAGUGCAGCUUCAGUCGACCAGUCAAACUGUACAAUCAGGAACGCUUCGAUCUAGACCAGGAAUACUUCCUGUUUCUAGCCAGUGGACACGCUCAGUACGGUGAAAUAAGAAAACACCACCGUCAGCCGCUGAUCUCUAGAGGCAGAAAACUCAUCACCGGUCCUCCUCAAGUCCUCAAAGGAUCCCGGAGUCCAACCAUUAUGAAAAUACAUGGUACGCUAAUGCUGUUAGCUUGGAUGCUAACAGGAAGCGUUGGUACCUUCAUUGCCAGCUUCUACAAACCUCACUGGCCAAAUCAGACUCUGUUCGGCCAGAAAGUUUGGUUCCAGGCUCAUCGAGGCCUGAUGAUGCUAACUGUGAUCCUGACUGUUGUAGCUUUCUGCCUCCCGUUUGUCUACAGGAAAGGUUGGAGUACGGACGCAGGUGUCCAUCCCUACCUGGGCUGCUGUGUUCUGGUGUUAUCUCUGAUCCAGCCAAUAGCAGCCAUGCACAGACCACCACCUGACUCCAACAGGAGGUUUAUCUUUAAAUGGACUCACUCGAGCGUUGCAGUCAUUACGGAGGGCCUGGCAGUGGCGGCCAUGUUCCUGGGAGUGAUUCAGACAUCGUUAACGCUCCCGUCUCCGUGGGCUACACACGUUCUGAUUGGCUAUGUGGUCUGGGUGGCGUCGUUAAGGGUCGCCCUCGCGUGGCACACUCACUACUACGUCAGAAAAUCGUUGGGAUCAGAUGAACAACAGGCCGUUCUUCCUAAACAAAUACUGCAGAGUCACUGGGUGUCCAUCACAAAGUCUCUCAUCCUGGUUGCGCUGGCUUUAGUAAACUGUGCUCUCGUAACAGCUCUGUUGUCUUCCAUCGCUGACAUUUGACAUUUAUUACAAAAGAAACUGAAAUAAGUUUAGAGAGGAGCAAUGUUUCAAGUUCAUUAAAGCUUAAUAACAUAAAUGCACAUGCUGUUUUAUUUUUUAAUCUGAUAUCUAUUUCAUCAUAUGUUUCCUUAUUGGUCAUAUAUAGAUUUAUUUUACUUUACAUAUGGUGUUUACUCCCAUAAACUGUUAAAUAGACGCUAUUUUCAGUGAUUAUUAAUGUUUAAUGGUAAAACUUCUAGGCCCUUUUUAUUGAAUAAUUCAUGAAAGAAAACAUUUAUAUCAGCAAAAUGGUGUGCUACACAUGCUUUUUCUUGCUUGUCAUUUAUUUUUUUGUCUCAAUUCUCGUAUAGUUGUAAAAAUAAAAUAAAUAAGCUUCA